AUGAAUACACCAACAAUACAACAACACAGUUCCGCUGAACUACCAAGCAAGCUUACAAGUUCAUUUUAUGAAAUACGUAAACUCUCCUACUUGCUAGCGCCCUUGGGCCUUAUGUUGAUCCUCACUCCGCCUUUGACCCUUGAUACACCCAUCUACCGGGUCAAAAUUAUACGAAGAUCAGAAGUCCACCACCAUAAGUCAGUCAUCAUCAUUUCCCCCUCCUUAAUGACUGGCCCGUACUACAAGUGUACGUGGGAAGACGGCUCUAAUCUGACUCCACUUUCGGCUCCUUCUCCAGAGAGAUCGCCAUCCGAAAAUCUAAUUCUAAUCGAGUUAGUAUAUAUGCAACCUAGGCUCAAAGCGAAGGAGAACCAGGCUGGCAACUCUUCACCUAAGCCUAAGCAACCCAACAAGACUGCGAAAUGGCAGGAGGCAAAACUCUGA